AUGAAGGAAUACCUCGCCAACCCUCAAAUUUUAGCAAAACCUGAAACGGGCGAAACUCUCUACCUCUACAUCGCUGUGUCGAGCUCAGCGGUAAGCGGCAUCUUAGUCAAAGAAGAUCGAGGCGAGCAGAAACCGAUUUUCUACGUUAGUAAAACUCUGGACGACACAGAAAAACGGUAUUCGACUUUGGAGAAACUCGCGCUCGCGGUCAUCAUGUCCGCUAGAAAGCUACGACCCUACUUUCAAUCCCAUUCAGUCGUCGUCUUGACCAAUCAACCACUUCGAACGAUACUGCACAGCCCGAGCCAGUCAAGUCGCAUGGAAAAGUGGGCUGUCGAGCUGACAGAGUACGAUAUUGAAUAUCGCAAUAAGACAAGUGCCAAACCGCAGGUCCUUGCGGAUUUUCUGGUAGAGCUUCCGCCAGAGCUAAUCCAGACCGACCUACCCGAUGAGAAGUGGUCCUUGUACGUCGACGGAUCCUCUUCAUCUCGAGGCGCAGCCUCGAAUAAUGAAGCAGAAUACGAGGCUUUACUCGCAGGACUUUGUCUAGCCCAAGGUAUCGGGGUCAAGAAAAUCGAAGCUUUCUGCGACUCCCAACUCGUUGCCAGCCAAUACAGCGGCGACUACGACACCAGAAACGACCGGAUGGACUUGUCUCUUAAACCCGUCAAGAGCCUCACUGAUCGCUUCAAAUUUUUCUCACUCACCAGAAUUCCGAGGAGUGACAACACCUCGGCAGACGCACUAGCCGCCCUCGCAUCGACGUCCGAAUCGUAUCAAAGCCGCGUGAUCCCGGUCAAAAGCAUCGAUUCCCCCAGCAUCGUCUUACCUCCCCCUGAGGUCAUCGAUGAGCCCACCGAACAAGAGCCAGCAACCGAAGACUGGAGGAUUGAAAUCUUACUCUACAUAACAGAUGCCCAAGUCCCACCUGAUCGAUGGGCAGCGAGGCGUUUAAAAGUUCGAAGCGCCAAAUACAUUCAGUCACAUGGCGACCUCUAUGGUUGGAGCUCUACCGGCGACCUGCUCAACUGUUUGCAUGGUGAGGAGACGCUCGAUGUCAUGCGAGAAACACAUGAAGGCGCGUGUGGAAAUCACUCCAACGGUUGA